UUCACUGUGACCACGUCGCUCCUUCCCACGUGAUCAGCAAUGGAGAAAGCCCCAACCAAACAAGAGCGAUAACUUCUCUCAUCGGGAUAAGCAUGACUGCAAGAGCAGGAGAAGAAGAAGCAGGGGAACGGUGAUUCCUUCAUCAAGGCCAUUUACACCCUUCCCUCUUACAACCGAGCAGAGCAAUGAAAUGCCCUCUUAAAAGCCAGCAGAUUACAGUCCUUAUGUUUAAUUAUCCUCUCUUUUUCUAACUACCACUAUCUCUCCACCUCUUUCCUGUCUUCCCAUCUUCCCAUCCCCUUCUUCUAUAUUUAUACUUCUCCUCUUUCGUUGCUCGCUCCGUGCUGCAGAGUACAAAUGGAGGAGAUGAUGAGGUGGCAAAUUCCUGCUUUUGGAAACUGGGAAUACUACGACGAUUUGGACAUCUCUCACUACUUCGAUUGUGUAGGCCAUGAUACUCUGUUUCCGCCAUGUUUCUUCUGCGAGGAGGAGCUCUUCAAAGCUCCGGUAGCCAUGCCGGUGAAGUAUUCAUAUCCUUACGACGACCAUUGCCGCCGAAAGGUGAGGAAAAAAGUAAGCGGCGCUGGAGAGAAUAAGCGCAGCAAGAAGGUGCAGGAACAGAGGAAGCAAGAAAGGGUCUGCAACGCAACGGCGGCGACGCCUAGAAGGCGCACGGCUCCCAUGGCGGUGGAUGAGGAUUUGUACAAGAUUCCGCCUGAGCUUCUCUAUCCCAAGCGCAAGAGGAAGAAGGUGCUGAGGAGUCUGUUAUCGGGUUGUAUGGGCGUGGCCUGCAUCCGCUGAGCUUGAUGAAGAACAAUUGGAUCACAAAAUUUGCUCUUUUGCGUGUUUCAUUCAUGUCCCUUUAAAAAAAUUUGUUGCCUUGCAAAACCUGAAGUUUGCCUUGUUGAUCGUACUUUUUCAAUUUUGUCAAGCGUAAUUUCUAAUUUUGAUGACGCCAUUGAUAUGAAUGGCAAUUGGGACAAGU